AUGGAUAGAUUGAAGAAGCUGAGGGAGCUCUUCUUGAAGAAAGAAGAAGGUAAAGUGUGCGCCAAGGCCAAGAUUCGCUCCUCCAGAGCCGUUCUCCAGUUCCCUGUCAGCCGUAUCAGCCGGCUGCUGCGCAAGGGUCACUAUGCCAAGCAUGUUGGGGCCGGAGCCCCCAUCUACCCGGCCCCUGUCCUCGAGUACCUGACGGUCGAGAUCCUCGAGCUGGCUGGAAAUGUGGCCCGAGACAACAAGAAGAUUCCCAUCAUCCCCUGCCACCUGGAGCUCACUAUCUGCAAUGUCAAGGAGCUCAACAAGCUGCUGGGAGGGGUCACCAUACCCCAGGGUGGGGGCUUGCCCAACAUCAAGGCUGUGCUGCUGCCUAAGAAAGCCAGCCGCCCCAGCAAGGUUUAUGCCUGA